UGAAUUGUAGUCUAGUAGAAGCUUACAUUUUUAGGACGUCACACUUUGAAUGUUUGAUAUUUUUAAUUUUGCUUCUGCUAAUCUAUUCAUUGUCAUUAUUGAUCAACGAUCAUGGGACUUUGAAAUGUGUACAUACCUGGUCCCUUAUUUGUAGUUGGAAUAGUAUUUAUUUUACCAAUUAUUAUUAGACAGUAUUAAGUACAAUAAGUAUUAUUCAGUAUUAACUGAUUAACAUUAUCCCAUCGAUUUUACUUACUGUCUAUGAAUACAAUGUUGUACAAAAUAUUUCAUCAAAACAUUUUCGAAGUGAUAGACCUAAGUUCGGCUAUGUUCAUGACAGCAUCAGUCCUCGUCGUUGGAUAUGUCUGGACAUGUAUGCGUGCCUCUCGCAGGCAGAAGAUGCUCGAGUUAGAGAAUACACCACACAGGGUGUUAUUGAUCACCGCUCAUCCUGACGAUGAAUGUAUGUUUUUCGGUCCAGUCAUACAGAAGCUGUCAAAAAUGAAAGACGUAAAUCUUUUCUUGCUGUGUCUGUCCGUUGGUGACUUUGAAGGUAAGGGUUCACUGCGCAAAGCUGAACUGUAUGAUAGCUGCAAGAUAUUGGGCAUUGAAAAGGGAAAUAUACUGUUGUGCAAGAAUACUUUGCUUCCGGACAACCCAUGUGUGGACUGGGACACAAUUUUACUGUCUGAUAAGAUUGCUGAGCACGUAGAACAACUAGAAAUCGAUACUGUUUUGACAUUUGACAGUUACGGUGUUAGUGGCCAUCGAAAUCAUAUAUCAAUAUACUUAGCAUUAUUUCAUUUAGUGUACAACAAAUUACUUCCAGAUUACUGCCAUGUAUAUUCACUGGAUUCAGUCAACACUUUACGAAAAUAUGUCAAAUAUAUUGAUGUGUUGUUCAAUAACACCUCAGACUUUAAAUGUACUAUUUCAACUACAGAACAAAAUUGUGUAACAAAAGCAAUGCAAGCACAUGAUUCUCAGUACAUUUGGUUCAGAAAACUGUAUAUGAAAUUUUCUAGAUAUACUAGGGUAAACACUUUUACUACAAUUUCUGCUGAUUAACUUGACUUAUAAGUUAUAACCAUAGAAUAAUGUUAGUUUUUAUUUAUUUAUGCAUUUAAGUAGUUCAUGACUGUGAUAAUUUGAUUACUAUAACAGUUUAAUUAUUUCUCUUUAUUGGAAAUUAUUAUUGUUUAUAUUAUUCCUCGUUGUACAGUUUUUAUCUUCCAAACAAUUAUUCAAUUAUUGUAAUUUUGUUACUAAAUAUUGAAAUGCCAAAAUGUAAUACUGAAAUAAAUUAUGAUUU